ACAGGAAUAACCGUCGUUUCUCUGGAUUUAUUUAACAAUUUCUGACAUUUGAUGAGUGGAGCCAAGUCAGCCAACGUAGUUCAGCGGAACAACCAAAUACAGAGACUGAAGCUUUUGGUCUAGGUUUACCUUUAGACAGCUGGCAGCCUUCUGUUUUGAGGAGUUUUUUUUUUUUAAUUUCUCCUCGUACACAGACGGCUCGCUAUCGUGCAGCCACCAUUAGGGGGUAAACAACGCAAAAUCCCCCCGACGGUGCUCAUCGAUUUUUGUCUUUAUUUCAUAAAAAUAUGUAUAAAGAACUGGACCAAAAUAAAGAUUAUUAUUCCGUUUUGGCCUGAAACGCACCAAAACGGGGAAAAUAAACUUAAAAGGGAAAAAACAGUGACUUACUUCGGCUGUCGCGCAACUUCAUCGGAACUUAAUGCAUAAACAUAUGGCCAUUGAGUCCCUGUACAGAUCGAGCUAGAACUUCGGUCUCUGUAUUUGGUGAGUGGAGCCAACGGAGUUCAGCGGAACAACCGACAUAACAGAGACCAAAUCUUUUGGUCUAGGUUUACCUUUGCUUUUUGAAAUUGUCUGACAUGCAUCAAGUUUUUACGACCGGGAGAUCUACAGGACUACCAACACUCUUGUACAGAUGAUGAUGAUGAUGAACUAGACUACAUUGCAUGUUGGUGCCGGGUGGAUGAAAAUCAAGCUUUAUUCUAUAUUACAUGUAGAGUCUAUUUAUGUUUUCUGAAGAAAAGUGGUUCUUGUCAAUUUUUUCUUUUGUUUUUUAAAAUGACUGCAAAUCGUUUAUAAAUUGUGUGAUUUUAUUUGAUUUGAAAUAAUAAAAAUUACAAAUAGAGUCUAUCAUUUAGGGGUAGAUCCUAUUUUAAAGUUUUCUAGUCAGCCAUGGGUCAGCUGAUCCUGACCAUAAAGCGUUAAGCGUAGACUGAGAAAAUUCAGUUACCGGUACAUCAAGCCCCAGCAUCAAGCUAGCAAUUUAACAUGUUCUUUUAAUUGUAGGCCUACAUUUUGGUGGAAAAAUAAUGAAUUUCAGGCAUUUCAUGUGAUGACCUCAAAAUGCCGUCUUUCUCAUCAAAAUCCUUGAAUCUUGUGUAAAUUAGUGAAUGCAGGGGCCGUGGAAUGGUUUUGAAUGUGUGGGGGGCUGACCAUACAAAAAUCACAAUCAGAUGGUCAUUUAAAUGUUUUUUACACGGUUUUGGAAAUGUGGUUUUCGAAGAAAAUCAUAUAUUUCUCUCAAAUUUUUAUGAGAUUUAUGGCACACAAUACUCAUAAGAAUAUAAGAAACAUUAUCAACUGAAUUUUUUGUGAUAUUGAAAAAAAAAAGAUGAUUAAUCUUUAAUAAGUUAAAUUGUUAGGUGCGCAGCCCUGGGGCCCCUUUCACACAUGUACACAUAGGUUCUUGCAUCUAACAGUAAAAAUCUGUCUUUUUUUUGUUGUAUACCCAGUUGUUGAAUGUCAUAAUGGGUGUAUUUCUGGACAGUAGUGAUUUCAAUAUAGUUUUGCAAGCAAUAUUCAUAAAUUAUUCAAGUCUUACACUGUAACGUUAGAAAAUUUUCAUAUUACUUUUAAGAACAAAUGUUCAUAGAAUGUUCAAAGAAUUCUACAGAUUUUUCAAUAAUUUUAUGAGAUUCAAUGGCAAAAGUGGAGGCUUUGUUUAUUUGGAUUUCCACCCCCUUCUCCUAUCCAAUGUUUGAGAUUUCGACCUAAAAUACAACAUUCUAGGAACUUUUUGUAUUAUAAAGGAUGGGUAUCUUCCUAAAAAAUAAAGUGGGAACUGAAUAUUUUUUACACACUCACCUGAAAUGGAACAAUAUUGAGAAAAAUGCAUUCUUUGUCCUAUUUGAUCGUUAAUAUAUUUGUGAAAUCUGAAUUAGGCAACACUGGAGAUUUUAAAUGUUUCCACAAGAAAGUACAUGUAUUCCUGUCACUGCAUGAAAUUUAGAGAUCUAAAUUUAGCACUUGGGCUAUAUGAUUACCUUUCUUUCCAUGCACUCCCACUCCCUCCAUUCAAUUCCAGGGUAUAAAACCAAUAGGCAAUAUAAUACAUAUACUCUUUCAGGUUGUGGUGCAAUGCACAGUGUAUGACUCAUACACUCUUGGUCAAUACGCUCACUACCUAUAUUGCUCAAUACAUAAUGAGGAAGGAACGGACUCUGAAUACCUGGUAAUUGAUAGCCUGUUGUCUUGGUGAAUGAUAACAAUACAUAAUACCUGACAACUAAAUUGUUGAAUCGUUAAAUUACUGAUCAGCAGUUAAAUAUCACUCCUGAAAUUGAUAGUAAAUGUCACAAUAAGAGCAAAGCCAAAGUGAAAUUUCACAAUUCUCAAAUAUCAUUUGUACAGGAUAUGCAAAGUGAAAUAAACACAACUGUUAAAUUCAUACAUUACAAGCGGAUGAAUAUAGGCCUUUGUGUAAUUAUGCCUGUCUAAUAUUGCUUACAGACAAAUCAUAUUGCUCUUGACAAUCCGUUUUUCCAGAGGAUUGCCUAGCAUAACGAUGUGAAUGCAGACUAUAGGUAUUAAGUUCAAUCAUUAUGUCAAGAUUGAUGCAUAUUUUAUUGAUAAUCAUGAACAGUUGGCUACCCAAGAAUAGAGUAAACAUUAAAAGUUUUGAUGGCUUAAUCAUAAGAUCUGUUAACUAUUAAUUGGUAAUGCAAUUGUUCAUGGUGUCCAGGGAAGUGUGUACAUUGCAGUCAAAAUGUUUACUGAAUCAAAAGUGGCCCUCACAAGUCAAAACUGGCUUUCAAUUUAAAGCCACUUGUAAUAUUGAGCUCAAUAUGAGCCAGAUUUAUUAAAGGUGAAAACUUGAUAGACUUGCCAUUACAUUGAAUUUUAGAAAUUAUUGUUUUUUCAGUCAUACUUAAUGUUAAAAUCUAGGUGAUUAAAUUGGUUUCUGAGGAUGAUGUUGCAGUCAGAAGAAGACUCGGUGUUUAAGUCAUGUACUGAUACUUUGUUGAAAAACGUUUCUCGAAUUUGGUUUCCCACACCUGACUCGAUUUUGAUUUAUAUGAUAAAAGUCCUAUUCAUUACCAAAAUAUUGUCACCCCAAUUUACAGUUAAAGACUUGGUGUUCUGAUAAUGAAAUCAUGUUUAACUCCAGAGUUCAUAGUGCACAUUCCUAUGGAAAUUGAUUUUAAUUAAUUGAAUUUCCUUCAGCAUUCAUGAAAAAGAUAAGUACAGUGAAUACCAAAGAUAUUCAUGUAAAUUCAUUUUGUGCACCCAAGCCGCACAUUAUCCUUUACUUUUUCAUUUCAUAACAUUUCUUGUUAACUUGUCACAAAAGCACAAGGUAAUUUAUAACUUGUAAAUUGGUAUGAUACCGUAUCUGAUAUAAGUAUUUUAACUAGCCAGUGUUUAGUUUAAAUGGGUGCAUUUCCUCACUUUCUUGCUGUCGUUUCUAUGUUGUAAUCAGAUUUACCGGUAGUCACCAUGGAUUUUGGGAGCAAGUAUGUGUUUGUCAAACAACGUGAGGAGGAUGAAGAGGAAGAGGUCUUAGAUGAUGCUGAAGUAUCUACCGGUCUUGAUAAGCUCAAAGUUGAGAUCAAAACAGACAGUACUAAGACUGGAGAGCCAUGUAUCAUUGACUUAUUGGAUACUGCUGGCCAGGAGGAAUACUCAGCCAUGAGAGAUCAGUACAUGAGAACAUGCGAGGGGUUAGCUAUUGUGUAUUCCAUCACUGACUUGGUGUCGUUUGAGGAAGCCAUCAAGAUUUACCAGUUUGGACUCAGGAUAAAAGGAGACGAUCAUAUCCCAGCAGUACUGAUUGGGAAUAAGAAUGAUCUUGAGAGUGAAAGAAAAGUGAGUACUGAGAAGGGAAAGGAAAUGGCAAGAAAGCAUAACAUGGUAUUCUUUGAGACAUCAGCUAAGACUGGAGACAAUGUCCAGGAAUGCUUCAAGGCCCUUGUCAGAGAGACACCCCGAUAUAGCAACAGAUACAAGUUUGUUGUUGUUGGAGGAGGUGGGGUCGGAAAGUCGUCCAUCACUGUCCGUUUUGUUCAAGACGUCUUUGUGGACACUUAUGAUCCUACCAUUGAAGAUUCCUACGUGAAGCAGAUUGUUGUCAGUGACAUUCCAGCAGAUAAGCUCAACCCUCCUCCCAAACCAGCUCCCAUGGUGCCUCCUCCUCCUCCCCAAUCUGUUGGGUCACGGCCAAAGUCAGGUGCUUUUGGUGGACUUUUUAAAAAAUCUAAAAAACAAAAAAAGCCAGGUGUGAAAACUAUGAUGCAGCAGAUGCCGCAGAUGGUGUCGCAGAAUUGUCUGGGUGGACCUCCACCUCCUCAACUGAGACAGCUAUUGAAGGGAGGAGCAUCAAAGGUAGCCGCACCCAAAUCUUAUCGCCGAGCUGAUGCCAACGUCAUCUUGCUAUCUCUGGGAUCCCUGGAGAAUGACCCAGUCAUCAUGACAGGUGACCCGGUACGCUGCUCCAACUCCAAGUGCAACAUUCUGUUGUCCCAUGUCUCCAGGCUAGAGCCUGUGGAGAAUGAGGAGCAGCGAAAUUGGGCCUGUGAGUUUUGUGGCCAGCAGAAUGGAGGACUGGACAUUGUAGAUGAGGAGGUACCAAAAGAGAGCAGUGUUGAUUACCUGUUGGCAGCUGCACCAGAGAAAGUAGCAGAAGGAGAAGAGAAGGACAAGGAUGGCAAACCCUCAUCCCAUCCUGGUCUAGUUCUUUACUGCGUUGACAUGAGUGGUUCUAUGGCUGAGAGAACACAACUCCCUGAGCUUCAAGCUGCUUGGAUGGCGCAGCGUGGUCAAACAAAUUCUAGUGUUACCCGUUUGGAGUGUAUGAAGCAGGCUAUUACCAGACAACUAGAUUUCUUUGAGCUGGAUGAAGAGAGUGAAAAGAGGGUUGGACUGGUAACCUUUGAGAGUCAAGUGUUAGUUAGAGGAGAUGGUAGUCAGACCCAAAGGAGUGUCUCUGACCCCAUGACUAAUAUGCAAGGUCUCAUCAAGAAAGGAAAAGACAUGGCAUCCCAGUUUAACAUCCGCCCUGUCAGCUCUGCAGUUGGAGACCUCAGGUCCCAGGUAUCUAAUCUUAAGACUGCCGGUUCCACUGCCCUUGGUCCAGCUCUGUGUGUCUGUGUAGGUUUACUUGCCAAAGAACCUGGUUCUGAGAUUGUCCUGUGCACAGAUGGUCAGCCUAACGUUGGGGUAGGAUCCUUUGGAUUUGGGCACCACAGAGGAGACAGUUCAGAAGCCAUAUCUUUCUACAGACAGAUUGGCAACAUCGCUAAAGAGCAGCAGACAACCAUCUCAAUCAUUGGGAUCCAGACGAACCAGUCUCUACAGAUGGAACACAUUAGCAAUACUGUCUCCAUCACCGGGGGCAAUCUCAACCUCCUAGACCCCCAUGAACUCACCAGACAGAUUCGUCAGCUGGGUCAGGAUCCUGUAGUCGCCAACGACGUUGAGCUCACCCUCGUCCUCCAUCCCAUUCUCCAGUUUGAUGAGACGAUGACUGAAGGGGUGAUCCAAGAUGGAAACCGUUUGACAAUUAACAUGGGUAAUGUCCAUCGGUCUACAGACCUGACUUUUCGCUUCAAACUCAAACCAGGACAGAGUGAGGCACAGCAGAGUACGCUUCCUUUCCAGGUUGAAAUCCGUUACACUAAGACCGACGGACGACGUUUCCUAAGGACCAUUACCCAUGAGCGUAGCACUACAUCUGAUCGAUCAACUAUGGAAACGGAGAUGAACCCAACUGUAACUGGUCUGGCUACUGUACAAGAAGCAGCAAAGAUGGGAGAGAAGGGAGACAGAUCAAAGGCUAGGGGUCACAUAUGGUCCAUGGCAAAGAUGAUGCAACGAUCCAAUGCAUCAUACGGUAGUGGAGAUGUUCUACAGCAGCAGGCCCAAGCAGAAUCUACCAUCCAAUUUCUAAACCAAGCUGCAGAACUUGAUAUGGCUUAUGGGUAUGAAGAUGAUAAUGAUGCUGUUGCAGCCACAAGCAACUUACACAUGCGAUCCAAAGCAGAUAAGUUCCGUUCAGCAGAGGCCAAGAUGUCUAGUAGUAAUCUGAAGCUUAAGAAAGGAAAAGGAGCAGCAUUUUCAAAGCAAUAUUAUGGCUACCAAUAGAUUGUGGCCAAGUCUGUUGGUCAAGACUUGCUUCAACCAAAUCUGUUAUUUGACCUAUCACUAACAAAUAUGUAAAGGCAUGAUCCACAGUCAUAUUCAUACCUCAAUGUUUUACAUUUGCUUUACUUUUAUUAAUUCCACAACUCGACAAACAUCCAGUUCCUGAUAUAUCUGUACAUAGUGCAAUGAAGUUGUGAAAGUAAAUUCUAUUGGAAUUCAUGUCUUGAUGCAAAAUCAUAAAUACAAAUAUAUAUGGUUAUUCCAAAGAUGAUCCUUAUUAUUGGAAUGGUGAGGUAUGAAAUCUCACCUUUUAAUCUGUUAUAAUCAUAAUCAAAGUUUGAUAAAAAGUAUUUUAGUAUUUUUAUUCCUUAUUGGUAUAUCUCUAUUUUAGAAUAAUUGUGUGUUGGCUGCAUUUUUAAAUGUUAAUGGAAUGGAUACCAAGUACUGCGAAUUCAAACAUUUCCGUGUUUGAAUUUUAUUGAUAUUCAAUGUUUUUAUAGAGGUUUUUACAGUUUUAUUUUUGUUGCAAUAUUGCUAUUAAGGUUAGAUUUAUUGGCCUUAUUCUGAUAUUAUAAUUGAGCUUUUUGUCAUUCCAAUUGAGUUUGAUAUGAAGGAGACAGAAUAAUUCCAUGCUAUAUGUUAAUUUGAUAUUUAUUUUUGUAUGUUUUUUUAAAGAUUAAUGUCUAUUCUCUGUUUGACUUUCACCCCCCCCCCUGUCUCUCUCCAUCACUCACUUCUCUCCCUCUAUCUGAAUCUCUUUUUCACCCACUCUAUCACACACAUCCCCACUCUGUUCCUACCUUCGCUCUACCUUGCCAUGCCUCAUGAAGAUGAUUGACAUUGCCAAAGUAACAAUAUAUUUUUCUUUUCAUCACCUGUGUACAUCCUGAACCUUUUGUCCAAAGAUCUUGGCAUGUGCAUGCAACGAGAGAGAUAUUCUGAACAUAUGUUCGACUUCUGCUCAUGCCAAAUAACAUCUGAAUUAUACCUGUUAAUAAAUGGGCACUAUUUUGUAUUUUGCAAGGGCUUAAAAAUUGUAUAAGAAGUAAAUUUCCCGUUCCUUUGGACUUUCAUUCUUUAUUUGUUGGCAUGCUCUGCCUCCAUCUGUCGAUGUACAUUGAUUUUUUUUUUUAGUCAUGUGACUAAAUUGUAUUUUUUGUUAUUUGUUUGUGUUUUUUUUCUCAUUUAUGCAUCAAGCUUUAUAAAGUGGGAAUAUGUUGAGUCAACCAAACGUGGUUUUAGGGUAUAGUUGUGACUAGAGCAAUUUUAUUGAUGAUUAAUUCAUGUUUAGUUUUCAAUAUUUGCUAUUUCUUGUUCCUAUAUAACUACAUAGCUAUACAAAGGUCUUUCGUAUUUUGUAAAAUAUGAAUUUUCAUGUAUGUAUACAUGUAUAUAAAUAUUUUUAAAUCUUAUGGAGUUACUGUUGAUGAUAAAUGUAUUUUGUUCUUAUUGUGUUUUACUCAGAUGUUGCUUCUAACUUGUAUUGAAAUAUAUCAUAUUAUAGAGGGUUUUACUCUAAUACUCUACUAUAUAAAUGACAUGAUAUUCUGUAUGUAUUAAAGAUAACUUCUCACAGGUUGAGAGAAAUGAGAUUGUUGUCCUACCCUGAAUUGCAAAUUCUGCUCUUGUCAUUUUCUAAGCAGAUACCUGAAAUUAUGUCUUUCAUUUAAUUGUCUUUCAUCGAUAUAUUGGAUAUAUUGCCACGAGAUGUAUAACUGCAUAGGAGACUUGAGAAUUCUAAAAUGGCCAUUGCUAUUCCUUCAUCUCAUUCUAUUGUAUCUACCUUUUAAACCAUUGGUUAAAUGUUGUAUUUUUGUUGUCCAGUAAUAAUCAAAGAACCACAUGUAUAUUACUUGGUAGCUAGUUACCAAAAUCAGUGAAUAGUUACCAAACUCAGUAAAAUACGCUGUUAUGCCUUGCUGAACACAAAUAGACAUAUAUUGAAAUAAAUAUUUUUAAAAACUCA